UGCACGAUUCACACACCUCACACAACUUCGCCUUACCCUCACUCCUAUCUCUUCUUUCAUAAUCGGCUUGUUCUUUCUUCUGUGUUCUACUACAUACUAAAGGUUGUAAUUCUUUGCUUCGUCGCAUUACAUCACCAUCGACAAGAAUGUUGGGCACCUUCCGCAGAUGCCCUGCAUCUAUUGCUAGAACCCUCUCACUAUGUCCUCAAAGGGCUGUACGCGUCGUGCCAUCAUUUAGUCAGAAUGCAGCAUGUCUGCGAGCUACUUCAAUUCAGACGCCAUCCCGGAUUGCGUCGUUCCACAGCUUCACGAGGUUGCAGCAGCAAGCAGAAGCGCAAGAAACAGAAAAGGAGCCCCAACAGUACAUCACUCGAUUUGAAGAUCUUGGAACUGGCGGACUCGUACACCCCAACCUUGUUAAGGCGAUCACGUCCGACAUGAAGUUAGAAACGAUGACGGAGGUGCAGAGCAAGUCGAUCAAUGCGGCUAUUAGUGGUGUGGAUGUCGUCGCGCAAGCAAAGACCGGUACUGGUAAAACACUUGCAUUCUUGACUCCUUUGAUUCAUCGAAUUCUCCUACAAGAGCCCUCACUCGGAUCAAUCUCUGGGCGGUAUAAAGCUCGCGCGAGACCUUCGGACAUCCGUGCAAUCAUCAUCUCGCCUACAAGAGAAUUGGCUGAACAGAUUGCCAAUGAGGCCAAACGAGUCACUGCCCGCACCGACCUUGUCGUUCAGGUCGCCGUCGGAGGAACACAAAAGGGCCUACAUCUCAGUCAAGUUCGACGAGAAGGAUGUCACAUCUUGGUCGGUACUCCUGGACGCUUGAAUGAUAUUCUCGCGGACCCCCAAUCCGGCAUUUCUGCCCCUAACUUGGAUUGCUUUGUCAUGGAUGAGGCAGAUCGCCUGCUGGAAGCCGGUUUCACCAAAGAGAUUGAGCAGAUCAAGCAGAGUCUGCCCGACGUUCGUGAACGUCCCAGACAACAACUCAUGUUCUCUGCUACGCUACCGAAUGAAGUCGUGCAGAUGGUCAGACGGACUCUACGCCCAGGGUUUCAGUUUGUCAAGUGUGUCGAUGAAAACGAGGCUCCCACCCACGAGAGAGUACCGCAAAAACUAGUUGAGGCGAGAGGAUUGGAGAAUAUGACUCCUGCUCUGGUUGAGCUCUGCAACAACGGAAUAGCCGAGCCGAAGGGAGGUCGACCUUUUAAGGCCAUUAUAUUCAUCAACACUACAGCCGAUGUCUCCCUUACAUUUGAAGCCCUCGCUGCGUAUCAAAAAUUGAACAGAAUGUCUCCUUUAAGCAAGACAAGAGUUCUCCAAAUCCACGCCAAACUGACCCAGUCAGCUAGGACCAGGAGAGCAGAGAUUUUCCGUAAUGCGGAAUCUGCAAUCCUGGUUUCAUCCGAUGUUACUGCAAGAGGCAUGGACUUCCCCAACGUCACUCACGUCAUCCAAUUUGGCUCUCCUCGUGCGAGGGAGGAUUACAUCCAUCGUAUUGGGCGCACAGCUCGUGCAGGUAAGGAAGGAGAAGCAUGGCUCCUGGUUGACCAACAGAAUUCGCGCCACGUCCGGGGUUUGUUGAGGGGCAUCCCCAUCAAGGCCGAUACUUCGCUCCAAACAGCUAGUGUCAACAUGACCCAAGAAGGCCAGGUGCCUGCAGCUGCGGCUGAAGUUUUCGCAGGUCUCAGGGAGGCCUACAGGAGAGUCCCAUACGACUUCAAGAAGGCUUCUUACUCAUCCAUGUUCGGCGUGGCUGGAGGCAGUCUGCCCAAACAAACACUCGUCGACACGCUGAACGACCUCGCCAUCUUUGGCUGGGGUCUCACAUCUCCUCCCUCGAUUGGUCGCAGCAUGGCAGCAAAACUUGGACUUUCCCGCUGUCGCGGCAUCAAUACAGGCCCUGAUGAGAAUCAGGAUGAAGCAGAUGUCUUCCAGAGUCAGGACGCUGGGGAGAUGAUGUCAAGAGGUGGCAUGGGUGGAGGUCAAUCGUUUGGCAGCAGAUUUGGUGGCAGAGGCGGAGGUGGAGGCGGCAGAGGAAGAGACUUUGGCGGCCGUGGAGGAGACUUUGGUGGCCGGGGAGGAGACUUUGGUGGCCGGGGAGGAGACUUUGGUGGCCGGGGAGGAGACUUUGGAGAAAGAAGAGGCAGAGACUUUGGUGGCCGGGGAGGAGACUUUGGAGAAAGAAGAGGCAGAGACUCAGGUCGAGCCAACAGACCUUGGGAAGCAAGAGGAAGUCAGAGCUCAAGACACUGAGCUCAAUGACUUCCCUCCUCUUGUAUGCGUCCACCGCUCUUCGACUUCCGACCUCGCCCACACCUUCUCGACACCGUCUCCGGCAUCUCAUUGCCCCUUUUGUACCAUAGACUUUUGAGACGUCCCGACUAUCCCUUGUAUUUUGGCCGCUCGGGAAUACUGGAGAUAUCACGGCAUUUCAACGGCGUUCCUUCCGCGAUAUGGCUGUGGAUGAUACAUGUCGCUGGUAUUAUUUGUAUGAUACUAGAAUCUCCAUUCCCACUCUUCUGUAUGUACAUUUAGUCCCAAAAUCGACCCUGUAUAAUCUGUUGUUACACGACGUACGAUAUGCUCUGCGACACGGUGUGCGUACAUCCAUGGUGGGUGAUGCAGUGCGUCUCUCUCCAGAUGUUCAAUGUUGCUAUAUCUCUUGACAGACG